AUGUUUGAGAACAAGGUAUUGACGUCGAAGAAGUCUGCUGUGAAGAAAGAGCAGUUGAGAUUGUUGAAAAACUAUUCAAAGCUGCAAGAGAGAAAGAAAAGAGCACUAGUGGAAGCUGAUCCUUCAUGUAAUCAAUAUUAUGAGGAUUCUGUGGAUUUGAAAAGAAUAAGGAAUUUUGCUCCUGAAGACACUUAUGAAAUAUGGAUACAAGAACCUCACUUGAAUAAGAAUUUCAGAAGAUUUAAAGGUGGGAAGAAUAAGAAGCUGAAUAAAAAGACUAAAAAUGAACAGGAGUUUGAACAACAACAAGAAGAAUUAGAAGAGGAGGAGACUGAUAGUGAAGAUGAAGAACUCGAAGAUGUAAAUGAAAGUGACAGAGUGACAAGAGCAAAGGCCCAUUACAUCAUUCAAAAAAAUGGUCUUGAAAUUCUACCACACAUAAACUCAGAUCAUGGGCUAGAUAACUCAUCGACAUCUUUCCCCCUUUACAACAAUGUAUCAUACACCAAAAAACAUACAAUGGUUGUUUCAAAAUUACUACAUCUGAACAUACUGAGGAAGAAUUGGCAAGUUGCUUAUAGAUGUUUCAGUUUGCUUAUAAGGCUUCAUCAUGUGGACAUAAGAGCAAUAUGGGCAUUAGGUAUUGAAAUACUCACCAGACUAGCCGAAGAAAAGUUUUUGAAAACGCAGCCCGAAGGAUCUGUUGAUGAAUAUAAACUAAGGACAAACUUUCAUAAUACUGAAAUUUCAUCACAACUUGAAUUAUUCAAAGAUGAACAAUUUAUUGCUUGGUUACAAACAUUUUAUCCUAUAAAUUGGGUGCUGAAUCCCAAUACAAAUUAUGUUCAGUUACCUUAUAGAGUUGGAACAAGGGAUACACCACCAGUUUAUAUGGUGAAUCUAAUAUGGACUUUGAUUAUGAAGCAGAAUUUUAAAAAAGUUAAUGAAAAAUUAUCAGAACUAUUGUUACAAGCACCUUAUCUUGAUGAUGGGAUUUAUUACUUCUUACAGGGGUUUUCAUAUCAAUUGGAAGCUUCGAAUCUGAGCAAGCUACAAACAGUUGAUAGUCAACAGGUAGAAAAAUUAAUGUCUGAUGCUAAGAAAUUUUAUCAAGAUGCUAAAGAACGCGAUGCUGUCUUCCCUGAAGAAUUAAUUAAUAAUGAUUUGACUUUAAUUGAAAAAAGGGUUGCAAAUAAUGUUAAACUACAAACUAGUGAUGAAGAAGGAGAGACCAAAGAUUCAACCUUAUCUAGCGCAGAAGAAGAAGCUGGAGAUUUCACCAAGAUUGAAGAUGAAAAAGAUUUACCAAAUGAUUUUAAUACACUUGAAAGAGAAAGAAAUCCAGAUAGUGAACAAGAAGAUGACGAUGAAGAUGAUUAUCGAAAUUCAAAUUCAUUUAGUAACAAGUUUGAUAAUGAUGAUUUAGCUAAUGAUAGUGAUGAUUAA